AUGGGACCAGACUCCGCGGGUCUGUGGGAGACCGGCCAAACCAGACUCACCGAGGACCGACCAAACCAGACUCACAGAGGACCGACCAAACCAGACUCACCGAGGACCGACCAAACCAGACUCACCGAGGACCGACCAAACCAGACUCACCGAGGACCGACCAAACCAGACUCACCGAGGACCGACCAAACCAGACUCACAGAGGACCGAUCAAACCAGACUCACCGAGGACCGACCAAACCAGUCUCACAGAGGACCGACCAAACCAGACUCACCGAGGACGUAUAUAUCUGA